AUGUGGAGCCCAACGUUAUCGUGGGUCGGACUCGACCCUGAUGAGACAUGGGAGUACCCGGACGCAGCAGGACCUCCGGUAAAUUUGCAACAGUGGAUCAGGAGCGCAGCAGAGGAUAUUUUUGCGGAAGACGGACCCGAGGACAAUGUUGCCGAACACGAUGCGAAAGAGACACGAGAGCGGCGGAAGGCCCCGAGGAGACAUACGUAA